GAAGUCCUCUGGAGAUAACUUGAUCUCAUGAACAGGCGGUUCACCGAACUCUCCGCCCUUCUUCAACAGGCCUCGUGCCUCGCCAACAUCGACCUCCUGCGCGAUGAUUACGUCCCCUCGCCGGAGGAAAAGUCGGCAAUCCUUGAGAUGUCCUCCAAACUAUCCGCCUACGAAUCGACGGCCCCUCGCGUGCUGCGCGAGCGUCUGCAAACCCAGCUCGCCGUCAAUAAGUCGAUCAUCUCGCCGCUGCGGCGUGUCCCGCGCGAGAUCUUUUCCGAGAUAUUUGUAGUUCUCGCAGACAUGGAGAAAUACCCCGAUCGUGUGAAGGCUAUUUCCACGACGGUGGCUCUCGUAUGCAAGGGCUGGCGCGCCAUCGCCCACGCCACACCGCAACUCUGGACGUAUAUCUCCCUUUCCGGCUUGCCAAAAUGGUCUGGCAACCCCGACUGCGUGAAGCUCCUUCGACUGUCUGGUGGCCUCCCCCUUCUCAUCGACCUUUCAGACGUGGAGAAUCUGGCAGGCGCUGAGGACACCUUGGACCAGAUCUUUCUCGCCUCCCCGCGCUGGAGGGUUUUAUCGUGCCAUGACGUAUGCGCGAAGAUCGAGAUGCACGAGCCGCUCGACGUCCCCAUUCUGGAGGAAGCGUCCGCAUCUGUUUCCCAAAGCGCGACAAGUCAGCCGCUCCGCUUCAUCUCCGGCGCAACGACGCUGAGGCGCCUGCAGCUCUUGCUUGGUCAGAACGACGCGGAAGAUAUCGAUUGGUCGAGGAUUACCUUGCCUGCAUUUCCAAACCUGAAGAAGCUCACGCUCGUCGUGGCAUGCGGGAUCUUGGAGGACAAUCCUGCUUUGCAUGUGGCCCUCGCGACCUUGCGCGAUCACAGGGCGUCACUCACAGAACUAGUCCUCGUAAUGUACGGAGGGCUCCCACCGCCGCAGCGCUCAGUCGCGCCUACGCUAAUCGAGAUGGAUGCCCUCCGCGAUAUUUCUCUCGGCGAUGCCCUUUCAUGCGAGGUCCUCGAACACAUUACGGCGCCCGGCCUUGAAGAGAUCAUUCUUCAAGGGAUGACGGAACUCCCAGAGCGUAGCCCAUUUCCGUUCGUAUACGCCUUCCUGUCGCGCCAAUCCUUGCGCAUCAAGAGGUUGUCUUUGGACAACCUCGAGUCUCCCGAUUACGAGGAGUUCGUUUCCUGCCUUCAGCUCCUCAGCCACCUCGAAGAAUUUCGGGUACGAGAAACGGAAAUUCAAUUGAAGCUCUUGACACCAGACCUUCUUCGGGAUCUUGCUGUUUCGGAGGAUCGGCAACCACUUCUGCCUCGACUCUCGAUGAUCCGGCUGGGGAUUUAUCAUGACAAGGCGAUGCUGUCCAUCAAGGCGGAUUUGGACACGAUGCUGCAGUCUAGAGACGUACCUCGUACUUGCGCAUCUCAGGCAGUAUGUAGGUUGGAAACGGUCGAGGUAACCAGUGGAAAGGACGUCUUCGAUGGAGAUUGGUGGUGACACGAUUUUUCCUUGUCGUGUGUAUCCUCGGAACGCUUUCCCUAUAAUUAAUGUAUACGCUUUGAGACGUAGGAACAGAAACAUAAGGCUAUAGAUAGCAGUGCUACUAGUAAGUAGGG